UGAGUCAUCAGCGAUGCUCAGACGUUCAAAGUAUUAUGCUGAUCCCUCUCCCUCGCUCUGCCUCCCUCCCUCUCUCACUCUGAGCUUCUCGUUGUACAUCAGCUAGACUCGGGUGCGUGUCCAGGAUGAGGAGCGCACACGCUGCGUGACGGAGCGAGCCCUCGUCCACCUGGCUGCUCACGUGCGUGUCGGCGUUCGGGAGGAGGAUUCCUCCACUGAGUGUCAGCCUCGCACCGGUCCCCUGCUCCCUCCUCUCUUCUUCUUCUUCUUCUUCUUCUUCUGUGUUUUCGGUUUUUGUUUUUCCUCCCAGAGGCUGGUCAAAUCCUCUCCUCCAUGUCUGGCUCUCCACCUGGCCUCCAUGAGUUUAAUUGAGGACAAGCCAUUCCUCCCUGGAAGAUGGGAAAUGCUUCAGACGCAGCCUCUUUGUUUGCCUCGAGCAUCUCGAAGGAGCACGACAUCCUCAUGGGCUCCGUCUACAGCUUGUUUUGUAUCCUGUCCCUCAUAGGCAACUGCCUUCUGCUGCUUGUUGCUUUUCACAAGCGAUCAACUUUGAAACCAGCAGAGUUCUUCAUCAUCAACCUCUCCAUCAGCGACCUUGGGAUGACGCUGUCUCUCUUUCCACUGGCGAUACCGUCGGCCUUUUCGCACAGGUGGCUUUUUGGAGAAAUUACCUGCCAGCUUUAUGCCAUGUGUGGAGUGUUGUUUGGUCUCUGCAGCCUGACAAACCUCACUGCCCUCUCCUUGGUGUGUUGCCUUAAAGUCUGCUUCCCUACUUAUGGGAACAAGUUCUCGCCCUCACACGCCCGYCUCCUGGUGGCYGGAGUGUGGUGCUACGCAUCUGUGUUUGCCGUGGGGCCCCUGGCACAGUGGGGGCGUUACAGCGCUGAGCCGUACGGCACGGCCUGCUGCAUCGACUGGCACGCACCCAACCAGGAGCUUUUAGCUUUGACAUACAUAGUCUGCCUUUUCGUCUUUUGCUAUGCACUGCCCUGCACAAUCAUCUUCCUCUCCUACAGUUUCAUUCUGCUGACCGUGCGGGGAUCGCGUCAGGCGGUUCAGCAGCAUGUGUCACCCCAGACCAAGACCACCAAUGCACACACUCUCAUUGUGAAGCUGUCCAUAGCAGUGUGCAUUGGUUUUCUGGGAGCCUGGACCCCUUAUGCUGCCGUGGCGAUGUGGGCUGCUUUCGGAGACGCCACAGUCGUCCCUCCAGUUGCGUUCGCCCUGGCCGCAGUGUUUGCCAAGUCUUCCACCAUCUACAACCCAAUGGUCUACCUGCUGUGCAAGCCCAAUUUCCGCGAGUGUUUAUGUAGAGACACGUCUACACUGCGACAGAUGAUCUACAGAGGUAGUCCACAGCCGCAGGAGCGAUUCAGCUUCACUCCACAGCGCAACAAGGACACGAGUGCCUCCACAAGGUUCUCAAAUGGUCAGCAAGAUAGCUACGGGGCAUGUCUGAACUGUACCGAGGAUGCAGCGCUGUGUCAUGUGAGCGCUCCGCAGAAGACUGCCUGCGUCCUGACGGGAUCCACCUACACCGAGGUGACAGUUAGUCAGCUYUCAGCCAAACCAGGAACAGAUUUCAUCUAACAGAGCGCUUUCUGGUUCCAUGAAGCAGACAGCUCUGGACACAUGCUUCAAACACUAGAAAAGACCUGAUGUAACCCAUUUCCUACUCAGUCUAAACACCAUGGCAACUCCACAGAACUGCAUGAGCCGCUGUGGAAUCCUGAAGGACUGAAAUGACAAAUCUGCACUGGUCUGAGUCAGUCUGAAUAGAUUUACCACUGACAUUUAUGUUUGUCUCAAGGUUUGCUUCACCUUAAGGUUGCUGGCGGUUUUAUUUUAUCCAACAGACAUUUAUCAGGACUCAAAUUCGGUAAAAACUAAGACAGUGGUGCUGCUGCUGGAUCAGGGACUCUUUGUUUCUCAUGUGAAAGAGGAAACACAGAGACACGGGAGAUCACACGAUAAGAAAGAAAGUAAAUGUGCAGCUGUAACGUGUUUCUGAACUUAAAAUCACAACUCCCUGUUGACUUGAACACCUCUGUGUGAAUAUGUUGUUAGUGUUGUUAUCAUUACAACUAGUAUUCAUUAAAAAAGAAACUUCUUAGAAACAAAUACACUGCAAAAACACUAAAUCUUACCAAGUACUUUAGGUCUAGUAAAUAUCUUAGUACACUUGAGCUGAGACAAAAUUUACUUACAAGUAACUUUUCAGCAAAAUAUAGGUGCUUGAUGAAAUAAUCCUGUCAGAUUAUCUCACUUAUAAUAUGGGAAAAAUGUAUUGUUAUAAGUGAAUAAUCUGUCAGUGGAACUAGYACUUUUUCAUCAAUAUUAUAUAACUAUCAACUUUAAACCAGCUGCUAUAUCUUGCUGAAAUGUUUGUAAGAGUUUGUGAUUUUGCAGUGUACACAAGAAUCAUCAUUGCACCAUUUUCUAUUUUUCGUCAAGGUCUGACCAGACGAUUCAGAUUUUGAGCAAUUUCUUUGUGUUUUUAUUUAUUUAUUUUAAUGUUGCCAUUUUUUUGCCAGUUUCAAGCAUCCAGUAUCCUGAUGCGAGUUAAAACCGAAAGUAGUCGUACCCUUGAUUUAUUUACAUUUACACUUGAAUCUGAUUUUUAAAAAAUCUGUGGAUUGAGUUAAAGAUUAGCAUUAUGGCAAAGAGGGYUUCCAAUCUCWGACUUGGAUCUCAUUACUGAAGAGAAACUGUCAAAAUAUCUGUGGAAACACAUAAAAGGAUGUGAUUGUUGUAAUGCCAAUAAUUUCCACUGAUUAUUCAGGAGUGUAUGAAUAAAUUGGCAUGCCAUUUGUUAAUAAAAAACUGAUAAAUUAAUUGAUUUUGAAACUUAACCUAUCUUUAUAUGGUCUUUAGCAAGAUGCCCGUUUCACUUUCAAAAACAAGUGUCUUGCUUGAACAGAAAGAAAAGUCAAAUCUGCCCRGGGUAUGAAAAACUUUAGGCUGAGUUGUACAUGGCGUGUGGAAGUUGCAGCUCUGAUAGAGUUAAAAUGUUCAAUUAGAUCAAAUAAUCUGUGGCAGCUUCAGUUAGUUAAUGAUCAAACURUGUCAAYGACRAUGGUGCAGUGGCGUUACGUUCCUGUGGCAUUUAAACCAAAGAUAGAAACAGAGUAGUGUGAUGGGAGAAUAAGGACCUGAACACAUAAAAGAGAAUCAAAUGUAGUGAGUGAAUCUGUCAGUAAGUGAGUGUUUUAGUUCUGAUGCAGUUAAAUACAUAAAACAAGCAUUUUAAUCUUUCAACAKCUGCGUUUCCAYUGACCAUAGAACUGUGYAAAUUGGAAUUACAAAAUAAAUUUGCUUAAUAUAAAGAACUCMCACUUUAGGAGGAUGAAAUMAUUUUUUGUGUAUUUUGCACAAAACUCCAGCGGAARAACUUUUUUUGCAUCACGUGUUGGAAAGCUACUGRUGGAAAAGACAAAGAUGACRACAGGAAGUGGUAGAAGGAUGAUGGCGAAUUGUGUUUUUAAUGACUUAUCACCUGAACAAACUUAUUCACGCAUGAUUUUAAUUGCAUUUCUUUUUCAAUGGAAACACACCAAUUGUGAAAUUCGACAUCUGGAAUAUCAACAGAGUUUUGUGCAUAUUUGUAAUGGAAACGCAGCUAAUAACUGAUCCGACCCAUUUAGAGGAAAUCUGAUCAUUCCGAUCUUUGGUUAAUGUGUGUUUUCUCUACUUUCAGGCUCACUGCGUUCAAACUAUGUGAAUAAAAAAGUAGAUUUGUGUUAGAUUUUACACACAACUAGAACAUGAUAACCAGACAUAAUUUAGACUUUUAUGUCAUUGCAAAAAGAAGGAAAUACUUUUGUUUUGUUUUUUUUAAAUCUGGAUUUCCAAAGUAGUUUACAAGCUGACAAAGACAGAUUUACUUUAAUAAUUGCUUAAAUGUUUUUAUUUAAUCCUUGCACAUCAGGGCCACUUAUCAUGUAAAGCAGAUUCCACUGCAGCUCCUUUUAUUGUCGUCCUGCUCAUCUUUCCUGGCAAUUAAUGUGAAUAAAAGCCUUAUACUGAAAUAAACGAGAAAAUGAUCAUAUCUGCGUCCUGCAUGCUGCUCCCAAAAUCUGCUUUCCUAGAAAUUAGAAACACAYUUAAAUCAAUUUUCUUUCUUUUUUCACUGCUGUCUGGCUUCCUGUGUAUGUAAACAUGAGCAUAAGUAAUGCUAUUAUUGACUAAUAAAAAAAAAAAAGAAUCU